UGCAGCUCCGGGAGCACGCAGCGCUUUGAUUGGUUGUUCACUGUGUCCCUCGGACACAGUGGAUCACCAAUCGACGGAAAGAGCCGAAGAUGUCAGCUUGGUCAUGUGAUCAGCUGUGUCCAAUCACAGCUGAUCACAUGGGACAUGUACACUGAUCAUCAGGACACUGAUGAUCAGUGUGCCCUGAUGAUCAGUGUAGCCCCAGCAGUGCCACCUGUCAGUGCCCAUCAAUGCCAGCUAUCAUUGCCCAUCAAUGCCACCUGCCAGUGCCCAUCAGUGCCACAUCAAUGCCACAUAUCAGUGCCUACCAGUGCCCAUCUGAGCUGCCUUUCAGUGUCACCUAUCAGUGCCAGUCAG